AUUUUCUACUCCAUUCUGGAUCUUCAUUUGACUUCAGUAGCAGCAUGACACGAGUUUUGCCAGACGUUUCGAGUCUUAAUGACGAAAAGUAAGCAGUGAUCAUAGUAAGCAGUAAAUAGGUUUCAUAAAGUGGAAAUGGCCGGCGCAAUGUUAUUUGAACGUGCUCAAGCGGCUUGUAUAACAAAUCGGAGUGAAGGAAUAUCACUUCUUCACAAAAUAGUAUCUGAUGCAAGUAUCGGUGCCACUGAAGAUGAUGAAGAGAGUAUUCGAAUCAAAGAACAAGGUAUUCUCCAACUUGGAGAACUCUAUAAAAAGGAGGGUAAGGCUAAGGAACUUGCUGACCUAAUCAAGGCUACUAGACCUUUCCUUAGUCUGAUUAGCAAGGCUAAAGCUGCUAAAUUAGUCAGAUCUUUAGUGGACUUUUUCUUGGAUUUAGAAGCUGGAAUAGGAAUUGAGGUUCAACUUUGUAAAGAAUGCAUAGAAUGGGCAAAAGAAGAAAGGAGGACGUUUUUAAGGCAAUCUUUGGAAGCUCGAUUAAUAGCUCUAUAUUUCGACACUGGAAUGUUUACUGAAGCUCUUCAAUUAAGCUCGGCUUUGUUAAAGGAACUCAAAAAAUUGGAUGAUAAACGACUACUUGUUGAAGUCCAGUUGUUGGAAAGCAAAACCUACCAUGCUUUGGGUAAUUUAGCUAAAGCUAGAGCUGCAUUAACAAGUGCUAGAACUACUGCAAAUGCUAUCUACUGCCCACCAAAAAUGCAAGCUGCUUUGGAUUUGCAGUCUGGUAUUCUUCAUGCUGCAGAUGAACGAGAUUUCAAGACUGCCUAUUCCUACUUUUACGAAGCUUUUGAAGGAUAUGACAGUGCUGAUAGUCCAAAAGCAUUGACAGCAUUAAAAUACAUGUUACUUUCAAAAAUUAUGCUCCGAACACCUGAAGAUGUUUCAACUAUCAUGUCUGGAAAACUGGCAGUCAAGUAUGCAGGCCGUGAUUUGGAUGCUAUGAAAGCUGUUGCUGAAGCCAGUCACAAAAGAUCUCUGGCUGAUUUCCAAAAUUCUGUCGAAUCUUACCGUCAAGAGCUAAAAAAUGAUGUUAUCGUACGAGCUCAUCUUGGUUCUUUAUAUGACACAAUGUUAGAACAAAAUCUUUGUCGACUGGUUGAACCUUAUUCACGUGUCCAGGUUGCUCACAUAGCAUCAUGUAUAGCAUUGCCAAUUGCUCAAGUAGAAAAGAAGUUAUCACAAAUGAUCCUAGAUAAAAAACUAUUGGGUGUUUUAGAUCAAGGUGAAGGUGUUUUAAUUGUUUUUGAAGAUGCACCACGUGAUAAGACAUAUGAAAUUGCUCUCGAGACGAUACACAGCAUGGGAAAAGUUGUGGAUACACUUUACCAGAAAGCGAAAAAAUUAACCUAGCCUUUUUAUUAUCAAAUUUGUAUUAAUUGAAUCUAUUAUAAUUACUACAACUAACAAUUAUUAGGUAUACUCAUUCAAUAAUAUUGAUACAAUUUUCGUCCUUCACUAACUUUUACUAUUUGGCAAAAAAAGUAAAAUCAUUUUGAAUCAUG